UUUUUCUGGUAUGCCAGAACGAUGCCAUCCAUAACAUGAGCACAUUAUCCAACCGUGUGUAACGUUACACCAGACCAGAGAGAAGAGAAAAGUGCAGCCCCCGGCUGUUCUCCAGGAGUGACGAAUCCCUAGCCCUGUCCACGUCUGCAAACAUUCCUGCAGAGAAAACGCAUCUGCGCCUCCUCUUCCUUCUCUGAAUGAACAUACAGGAGGACGCAUACUGUCGGGGAUCCUGCUGUUGAUGAAAGUUCCUGAAUAAGUUCCUGACACUUUGUAUGAUCGCGAAAAACAGCGGUCUCUGUAAAGAUGCGAGUGUGUUUAGUUUUGAGUUUGUGGUUUGCGAAAUGGACGUUCACAGUGUGCAACCCCGGUCCGAUUGAGGACGUGGUUAUAGAUCGCUAUUACGUACCCAAGCAAUGCGUGAGAGCAGUCAAGACGGACGAUUUUGUCCGGUACCACUAUAACGGAACUUUCGUCGACGGGAAACCGUUUGACUCCAGCCAUGACAGGGGCGUGGCCUUCUUCGUGCAGGUGGGCCGCGGUCGUCAGAUCGCUGGCAUGGACAAGGGCAUCAUGGGAAUGUGUAUCAACGAGAAGCGGAGGAUUGUUGUGCCCCCUCACCUCGCCUACGGCAGCCAGGGUGCAGGUGAUGUCAUAAAGCCGGACACUACGCUGGUGUUUGACGUGGUUCUGCUGGACGUGUGGAACCGAGCGGACCGGACUCUGACCCAUUCCGUCAGCCGACCGGCUAACUGCGGCCGCUCUGUCCAGAAGUCCGACUUUGUGCGGUUCCACUUCAACGGAACUCUACUGGACGGAACUCCCUUCGACUCCAGCUAUGAGCGGCAGCAGACGCAGGAUUCUCUGGUGGGGGAGGGCUGGCUCAUCGCGGGGCUGGAGGAGGGGCUUCAGGGCAUGUGUGUGGGGGAGAGGCGGAGCCUCACGGUGCCUCCAUUCAACGGCUAUGGAGAGAAGGGUUACGGUGGUGGUGUGCCCCCCCAUGCCACACUGUUGUUUGAUGUGGUCCUGGAAGACCUCCACAAUGCCAACGACGAUGUCGUUGUGGAAACGCUGGAGAUUCCAAAGCCCUGUGCCAGGCACUCAGUCUCUGGAGACUUCAUCCGCUACCACUACAACGGAACAUUCCUCAACGGGCACACCUUCGACAGCAGUUACCGGCGCAACCAGACGUAUGACACCUACAUUGGUCUGGGCUACGUGAUCGUGGGGAUGGACAAGGGGCUGCAGGGUGUGUGUGCUGGGGAGAGGAGGCGCAUCACUAUGCCCCCACACCUGGCCUAUGGGGAGCAUGGAGCAGGGAAGGACAUUCCUGGAUCAGCUGUUCUGGUGUUCGAUGUCCACGUCGUCGACUUCCACAAUCCCACCGACUCAGUGGAUAUCCAGGUCACUCGCAAGGUUGAGUGCAACGAGACUAGCGCUGUGGACGACUUCGUCCAGUACCACUACAACUGCUCCCUUCUGGAUGGGACUCGCCUCUUUAGCUCGAAUGACUACUCAGACCCCCAGGACGUGACGCUGGGUGCGGAUAAGGUGAUUGACGGCCUGGACGAGGGCCUGAGGGGGAUGUGUGUCGGGGAGCGGAGGACCGUGCUGAUACCCCCCCACCUGGGCCACGGAGAGAAAGGAGCUGGUGACGUCCCUGGCAGUGCUGUGCUAGUGUUUGAGCUGGAGUUGGUGUCGCUGCAUAAGGGCCUUCCCCCUGGUUACCUGUUCGUGUGGCUGGACAAUGGACCCGCAGACCUGUUCCAGGAACUCGACAUGAAUCAUGACGAGGAGGUGCCAUUAGAGGAGUUCUCGGAGUUCAUCAGGCUGCAGGUGGCGGAGGGGCGUGGCCGUCUGAAGCCAGGGGUGGAGUCUGCGGUAGUCAUUGCCGACAUGUUCAAGAACCAGGACAGAAACCAAGAUGGCCGCAUCACAGCAGAUGAGCUGAAGUUGAAAGUGCAGGAAGACGCAGAGAGAGCUCUUCAUGAGGAGUUAUAAUGGCACAAACACAAACUAUAACACUAGCACAUGCAAACACAUUCACAGACAUGUGCACACACACACACACACACAGGUGAACUCUAAAAAACUCAGGAGCAAACUGUUACUCAAGUUUUGUUUUUGUUGUUGUGUUUGUUUUUGUUUGGUUAAACCCCACACACACUAAACCUGGGGACAGAUAUAUUUAUGUGUAACUCUUCUGGUCGGACGGAUAUAUUUGUGCAACACUCCUGGUCGGAUGGAUAUAUUUAUGUGCAACACUCCUGGUCGGACAGAUAUAUUUAUUACACUUCUGGGUGAAUGGUGAGAUGGAUAUUUGUGUGUAAAUCUGUUUUGUUAAAAACCUGAGUUUAAACUCUGGCCACUCCCAUCCAGUAAGAGAGGUUACUCAAAGCUUGGGUCCGUUCUGGGUCAGUGACUGUAGCCUACUGUACUGUAGUAACUAAGCUGCUCAGUUGUAUCAAACCCAGAGUUUCUCCACAUUUCCUCCUGGAGUUGCUACCCUCUUCUGUCAUGUGUGUGAAGACUUCCUGUGGGGUUGCUGCCCUCUUCUGUGUGAUUAUGACCAAAAUGGAUGGCUCUGGGUUUAAGCCUGACAAAAUAAAACCCUUUUAAUAAAGUUC